CGUUCCUGCAGCCUCGUCCCCGCCGCCCGCAGCCUCCUCCCCACCGCUGCCACCGUCGCCGCCGCCCCCGGGGCAUGGCCUGUCUGAUGGCCGCUUUCUCGGUCGGCACCGCCAUGAAUGCCAGCAGCUACUCUGCAGCCAUGACGGAGCCCAAGUCGGUGUGUGUGUCAGUGGAUGAGGUCGUGUCCAGCAACGUGGAUGAUGUUGAAACAGAUCUGCUAAAUGGGCAUCUGAAGAAGGUGGACAACAACUUCACAGAGGCCCAGCGCUUUUCCUCCUUGCCUCGGAGGGCAGCUGUGAACAUUGAAUUCAAGGACCUUUCCUACUCUGUUCCUGAGGGACCCUGGUGGAGGAAGAAAGGAUACAAGACCCUUUUGAAAGGGAUCUCUGGGAAAUUCAACAGUGGAGAGCUGGUGGCCAUCAUGGGUCCUUCUGGAGCCGGGAAGUCCACGCUUAUGAACAUUCUGGCGGGAUACAGAGAGACUGGCAUGAAGGGGGCAGUCCUCAUCAAUGGCAUGCCCCGGGACUUGCGCUGCUUCCGGAAGGUCUCAUGCUACAUCAUGCAAGAUGACAUGCUGCUGCCUCACCUCACUGUUCAGGAGGCCAUGAUGGUGUCUGCACAUCUGAAGCUGCAGGAGAAGGAUGAAGGCAGACGAGAGAUGGUUAAGGAAAUUCUAACAGCCCUGGGCUUGCUGCCCUGUGCCAAUACACGGACGGGGAGCCUAUCAGGAGGCCAGCGGAAGCGCCUGGCGAUUGCACUGGAGCUGGUCAAUAACCCUCCUGUCAUGUUCUUCGAUGAGCCCACCAGUGGCCUAGACAGCGCCUCCUGCUUCCAGGUGGUAUCGCUCAUGAAAGGGCUGGCCCAGGGCGGCCGGUCCAUCGUCUGCACCAUCCACCAGCCCAGCGCCAAGCUCUUUGAGCUUUUUGACCAGCUUUACGUCCUGAGUCAAGGACAGUGUGUAUACCGGGGAAAGGUCUCAAAUCUUGUGCCGUAUUUGAGGGAUUUGGGUCUGAACUGCCCUACCUACCACAACCCUGCGGACUUUGUCAUGGAAGUGGCAUCAGGCGAGUACGGUGAUCAGAACAGCCGCCUAGUGAGAGCCGUGAGGGAGGGCAUGUGUGACUCUGACUAUAAGAGAGAUCUCGGGGGCGACUCAGAUGUGAACCCAUUUCUUUGGCACCGGCCUGCUGAGGAGGACUCUGCCUCCAUGGAAGGCUGUCACAGCUUCUCGGCCAGCUGCCUCACCCAAUUCUGCAUCCUUUUCAAGAGGACCUUCCUCAGCAUCAUGCGGGACUCGGUGCUGACACAUCUGAGAAUCACCUCACACAUCGGGAUCGGCCUCCUCAUUGGCCUGCUGUACCUGGGGAUUGGGAACGAAGCCAAGAAGGUCCUGAGCAACUCUGGCUUCCUGUUCUUCUCCAUGCUGUUCCUCAUGUUUGCCGCCCUCAUGCCCACUGUUCUGACCUUUCCCCUGGAGAUGAGUGUCUUCCUCCGAGAGCACCUGAACUAUUGGUACAGCCUGAAGGCCUACUACCUGGCCAAGACCAUGGCUGAUGUCCCCUUCCAGAUCAUGUUUCCCGUGGCCUACUGCAGCAUCGUGUACUGGAUGACGUCACAGCCGUCAGAUGCCGUGCGCUUUGUGCUGUUUGCUGCCCUUGGCACCAUGACCUCGCUGGUGGCCCAGUCCUUAGGCCUGCUGAUUGGAGCAGCCUCAACAUCUCUGCAGGUCGCUACAUUUGUGGGUCCUGUGACUGCCAUCCCCGUCCUGCUCUUCUCGGGAUUCUUCGUCAGUUUUGACACGAUCCCAGCCUACUUACAGUGGAUGUCCUAUAUCUCCUAUGUCAGAUACGGCUUCGAGGGGGUCAUCCUCUCCAUCUACGGCUUGGACCGGGAGGAUCUGCACUGCGACAUUGCUGAGACGUGCCACUUCCAGAAGUCAGAGGCCAUCCUGAGGGAGCUAGAUGUGGAGAAUGCCAAAUUGUACCUGGACUUCAUCGUCUUAGGCAUCUUCUUCGUCUCUCUGCGGCUCAUUGCUUAUUUUGUCCUGAGAUACAAAAUCCGGGCCGAGAGGUAAAACACCUGCAGGCCAGCAAGGAGGCAAAGCAGACAUUGUGACCAAGGGCACUGCUGGGAGGCAGCAGUGUACCUGCUCCUGGGGACACAGACUCUCCCAACCUAACCUGGAGGCCACGAAGGUCGAUGGUGACCAGUGCUCAGCGCCUCUGCCCACCGGGUUGGAACUGUUCGUUUCCUUUUCUAGCUUUAACUAGGAAGAUGUAGGAUGGUUGGGGUUUUUUUACAUGCAGGAUUUAAAGUCAACCGGCGCAGAAUGUCACCUUGUGGUCUAGCUGGGGACAAGAGGCUUCCUCAGUAGAUUUCCUCCUGGAGUCCGAGACACAUUAGCCCGGGAUGAGGAGUGUUGGCCAUGUUGGUCCCCAGAGAGGUGGCUAUCUUGGGGGAAAGUCCACACAUGCGGGCCUGCACUUGAUGACUGUCUCAUCUUUCUAAAGUUCGUCUCAUUUCUGAUGAAGUCACUUUCCGAGCCAAAGUCGAUAAAUUUCAUUCGUUCUGA